UCAGAUAAUAUUACCCUCAUCAUUCUCUUUAAAUCUCGUAGUACAACAUAUCUUAACAUAAAAUAAUAGUCAAAAUCCUAAAAAGUACGAUCACGGAACGUCGUCGUACACAUCUUUAAUACACGCUCUCUGCUCCUUUCUCGCCGGCCGUUUUAGACUCAACAAUUUUCUGAAAAAGGAAAGACUUUAGUAAAACAAAUUCUCAAAAAAAUUCCUUUUUUUACUUUACUUUGGUGUCUAAUUUCGGAUCUCCGGCGAUGGGUCGGGUAGAGACGGCAGCGGACCCGUCGACGGCAGCGGCGGUGGUGGCGUACCGCUUGCAUGAGGCAUUAAGUUGGUGGGAGGAGGUGAACAAAUCCAUUGUUUGGCAAGACCGUACUUUCCAUGUCCUCGCGAUCUUAUACGGCGUCGUUUCAAUUGUUGCUCUUGUGCAAUUAAUUCGGAUUCAAAUGAGAGUUCCCGAGUAUGGAUGGACCACUCAGAAAGUUUUCCACUUUCUCAAUUUCUUGGUGAAUGGAGUUCGCUCGCUUGUUUUUGCAUUUCGCCGGGAUGUUCAGAAGUUGAACCCUGAGAUUAUCCAGCACAUCUUGCUUGAUAUGCCAAGUCUUGCAUUCUUCACAACUUUUGCUCUGCUAGUAUUAUUCUGGGCUGAGAUAUACUAUCAGGCACGUGCUGUAUCUACUGAUGCUCUUAGGCCUAGUUUCUUCACAAUUAAUGGAGUGGUGUAUGCUGUUCAGAUUAUAUUAUGGCUCAUAAUAUGGUGGAAACCUAUUCCAGCUCUCGUCAUCUUAUCUAAGGUGUUCUUUGCAGGUGUAUCUCUAUUUGCAGCCUUGGGGUUUCUUCUUUAUGGAGGAAGGCUUUUCCUCAUGUUACGGCGUUUCCCUGUAGAAUCAAAAGGGAGACAGAAGAAGCUACAGGAGGUUGGCUAUGUGACAACAAUAUGCUUUACAUGCUUCCUCAUUAGAUGCAUUAUGCUGUGUUUCAAUGCGUUUGAUAAAGCUGCGGAUCUUGAUGUCCUGGACCAUCCAAUUUUGAAUUUUGUGUACUACCUGUUGGUGGAGAUACUACCUUCUUCGCUUAUCCUUUUCAUUUUGCGGAAGUUGCCUCCGAAGCGAGGGAUCACACAGUACCACCCUAUUCGCUGAUACAAUAGUGUGUUCAAUGAUGGGGAUGAAGCUUCGGGAUGGAAAUCAAGCUCUGGGAAGUAGGAUCAGGUACCAGACGAGUUGGCUUUUAUGAUACUUGUCUUACCUGGAAGUGAUGGAAACGAAGACCAUUUGAGAGAUUAUCUUGUACAUGGUGUAUGGUUCAUCUGGGACUCUGAAAAUAUAGUUUGUUCUUUGCAGAUUUUUAGUUAUGUUUCUAAUUUAUAGUUUUGAAGCAAGAGUUGUGGAACAUAUUGUGAUUUCUAGUGUAAUUAUUCUCAUCGUUGGUUUUCAGAUUUCAA